AUGACAGACACCAUUCGAUUACCAUCGGGUUUCCUGAAGGCAGCAGAUGUCAAUCCUUCUACGCUCGAGCAUUUCUGCGAUUUCCAUGCUGCGGCCACUAACAAUUGGUCUCUGGAAAAAAUUGACUUUAGCUGGAAUUCCUUCACCGAAAACCAGGCAUUGUUUUUGAUCCAUGGAAUAAAAGACAACCAAUUUCUAACUUGGGUCGAUUUAUCCCACAACAACAUAGGAGAAAAAGGUUGCACAGCCGUAGGAAAAUGUUUAUCGACAAACCAUGUUUUACAAUAUUUAGAUAUUUCUAGUAACUUUAUAACCGCUAAAGGAGCUGAAUUAAUUUCCAACGGGCUCAAAAAGAAUGAUGUACUUUUCACUUUCAAAGUAAAUUUUGCGUGCAAAUAUCUGUGA